GCGUCCAGGGCUCCCUGCAGAUUAUUCCGCUUGUCCCGGGGGAAACGCGCGGGCCGCUUGGGCGACCGGACGGACGGAAGGAAGGAAGGAAGAGGGAAGGGAACCGCGAUUUCGGAGCCGCCAGUAGUCGAACGGUUUCGGCCGGUCGAGAGCAAUAACCAGUGUCCUGUUUUCCAGGAAACGAAGCAGCCACAAACGAGUAACUUUGGAGAAGACGGACCGUGAAACGGUAGAGUAAGAGGUUUCAGUGAUCACCUAUAAAUAUCUCCCUUGCUUAAAAACGUAUCAAAAAGUGACAUCGAGUACCUUAAUAGCGGUUCCGAAUGGGAAGUUUACGGCAGAACGUAAUAAGCCUUUACAGAAAUUUAAUUCGGGAGAGUAAAAAGUGGGAUUCUUACAAUUACAGGAUGUACGCUUUACGGAAAGUCCGCCACGAAUUUCACCAAAACAAAUCCCUGAAAGACGAAGUCUUAAUUAAAGAUCUCUACGAAUCUGGAUGCACAAAGUUGGAAACGAUAAAACGACAGGUGAUCAUCGGGAAUCUCUAUAGCACGCAACCAUUGGUUAUCGAAAAGAGAAUAUCGUAACCGCGAACAGCAAAGUUAGGUCAAUUAGCAUACCGUUGUUUAAGUUAUAUGUGCAACUUUUAAGAUUAUUUUGAAUAUAUUUCGUUAACCGAUAAA